UUCCUAAUCACAAAGAAAUCUCCCUCACAUUCCACAGCUGCAACCUAUAUAAGGGAUGGGGCUCAGGUACUCUUGUUUUUCCUUGAAUACUUGAGGGGAGGUGUUUUUCUUUUUUUCAUCUGCAGCCCUCAAGAGCAUGGAGAGCACUUGGAGGAUUUGUGUGUGUUUGUACUGCUGCUUGCCCUGGCUCUCUGCUGGCACCCAGUGCUCUCCCCACUCCCGGGGCCGGGGGAGCUCUGAGGAGCCCCCCGAGCUUUUGGCAGCUCCUGAGGAUGCUGCCAGCCAGCUGAGCGCGGUGCUGCAGCUGCCCCAGAGCAGGGCACCAGCCCAUGCCCUCCUGCCCCCGCUGCUCGAGGUGCUGCACGACCGCGGCUCCCGGGGCUGGCACAGCGAGGUGCCGCGGCUGCAGCCGGACUCCAGGGCCCUGCGGUACAUGAAGAGGCUGUACAGGAUGUCUGCCACCAGGGAGGGCAUCCCCAGGGCGCAGCGAGGCCGCCUCUAUAACACGGUGCGGCUCUUCACGCCGUGCUGGGAGUGCGAGCACGGCCACCCGGGGAAAGGAGAUGUUCACUCGGUGGAUUUACUCUUCAACUUGGAUCGUGUUACUGCUCUGGAGCACUUACUCAAGUCUGUCUUGCUCUAUUCCUUUGACACAUCUGUUCCCAUUUCCUCUUCCAUUACCUGCAUAUGCCAUUUAUCCCUUAAGGAACAUGUUUUUUCCAGCCAAGUUUGUCCCAGCAUUUCCCACUCUCUAGCUUUUAGCCUGCACUUUGACGUUAGGAGACGCAAAUGGGUGGAAAUGGAUGUGACUUCUCUCCUCCAGCCUCUGAUUGCUGCGAACAGGAGGAACGUGCACAUGGCUCUGAACUUCACUUGUGUGAUGGGUGACCCACAACGGAGCACGGGACUGGCAAACGCUGUCAAUGUGACACUGGUUCCCCCUUCCCUUCUGCUGUAUCUCAAUGACACCAGUGAGCAAGCUUAUCACCGGGGGAGCUCCCUGGGGCACGGGAGGGAAAGCAGCAGCCCGCUUGUGGAGCCUCCAAAGGGUGGCAAAGCACAAGGCACCCGCCAGCGUAAAAGGGCGUCCCGCCAGCGAAGGAACGACCCAAAAGCGACCCCAGCCCCUUCACCCCACAGCCUGAGCGAGUACCUGAAGCAGCUCGCGUUCCCCCAGCACGAGUGCAAGCUGCACAACUUCCGCCUGAGCUUCAGCCAGCUGCGCUGGGACCGCUGGAUCAUCGCCCCGCACAGGUACAGCCCCCAGUUCUGCCGGGGCGACUGUCCCCGGGCGCUGGGCCAGCGCUACGGCUCGCCCGUGCACACCAUGGUGCAGACGCUCAUCUACGAGCGCCUGGACCCCGCGGUGCCCCGGCCCUCGUGCGUGCCCGCCGCCUACAGCCCGCUCAGCGUGCUCACCAUCGAGCCCGACGGCUCCAUCGCCUACAAGGAGUACGAGGACAUGAUCGCCACCAGGUGCACCUGCCGCUAGCCGGGACUCUGAUACGCGUUUUAGCUUCGCGUUCUCUCCGCAUCUGCUGCUACAAUCGACUCCGGCAGCGUUGCUGUAACGCCGGGGUUUAGCACGGAAGGGGUUCACAUCACAGCACUGAUUUUUGUACUCACUCAGCCUUUCUAGAACGUGCAAUUAAAUGUAAAUCAUGUCUUUUUAUGGGGAGAAUUUUGCAUUUAAAAUGGGGGAAGGUUUCAACUACUAAAUGUCUAUUUUUAAACUGCUUUAUUACAGAUUAAAAAAAGAGAGAAAUAAAUGGCUAUCACACAUACCCUGACAUGCAGUGCCUGCUACUCUGCCCCUACAGAGCCCUUGUGUGUGGCACCUCCAGCAAUGAUUAGGAAGAGAAGCAAAUCUUUAAUGUUAGAACUAUUUCUUCAGUUUUUCAUUCUCUUUCCCUACCACAUUCCAGCUCUUCCAAGUGGAUGACAAAACCCUUCCUCACAUUUCUGUAAAGAGUUACCAGUUUGGUUUUUUUUACUUUUUUUCUGUUGCACUCUUUGGCUCUCUCAGCUAAAAGAAGGGUAAGAAUUUAAGGGCAGUAGUGGGUAAUUUGUGAACACUUAAAUCAAGGCAUUAUUUUGGUAACAUUUGGCAUCAGGUGAGGUUUCCUUUGAUUCGAGAACAAGGAGCAGCUGUCCACGGGAUGAGGGCAGAGGAUUGUCCACUGGAGUCACACUGCCACUGGCUUCUGAAGUAGGAAAAACUGUUUAAAAAGCUUAAUCCCCAAAAAUGGCUUCUAAAAGCCUUAAAUGUGUUGAUGUAAAUGUUGUUCAAUGGGUUCAACAUUCAGAAAUAUGGGGCCACAGAUUUGUUUCCUCUCACAAUGAAAUUGUAGGUAGCAAGUGCCUCAACUCUAGAUGCUUUAACACCAAAUUUUUACUGUAAUUGAUUUAUUAUCAUUUAUUUUCUCCUCCUAGACUUGGGGUUCAUUCACAAAACCUCUCAGCUUUAGUGGGGAUUUUUCUUGUUUGUUUUUUUUGUUAAUUAAAAGCUGUGCAGCAGCACUAUCUUGUAAAACUUGUUCAGAACAUCCUUUAACAUUGACUUGCUACUGGAUUAAUAAACAAAUGUUGUAACUUUCUGCACUCAGCCACUCAAGCAGCCUCUACCUUAGAUCCUGAGCAAUUCCAGAGGCUGGGAAUUCAGCCUGGCAGGGCAGAGGCUGCUGUCACUGGUGGUGUCACUGUGAUCCUUCACCACGGAUGUUGGGGUGUCUGGAGAUACCUGGAGGUGCAACAGGCACAAACCGGCCCAGAAGUGAGGAUCCUGCUCCAGGUCUCAGUCUCUGACUGCUGAAAUCAAAGAGCUCAGCACCAAAAGCUCAAAGCAGAGUCUUGGUGUCACAUAAAACCAUCCAGGUCCCAGCACUCAGUUUGGAUUGUAUCACUGCUCCUCAUCCCUUCAAACUCUGGGAAUUUGGCUUUGCUCACCUGCCAGAGAAGAGAAUAAAUUGAGUUUUUUCCAGAGACAAAUCCUUCUAAUUUUGGUGAAAUGUCUAAUGUAGUCUAAUAAUCCUAAAAUAUUCUAAUAUUCUAUUAAUGGGGAUCAUCUUUAAUACAGUCUAAUAAUUCAAAUAGUAAUACAUUAAAUAUGUAUAAUAUAUUGUAAUAAUUCCAGUAAUGUUGAACUUAUCUAAUACAUUCUAAUAACAAUUCCAACAAUGCUGAAAGUGUUUAACACAUUCAAACAAAUCCAAUAGUUUAAAUAAUGGCAAAUAUGUCUAGUGCAUCAUAAUGAUCCAAAUAAAG